UAUUUGAUAUUUGGUGUGGUGUUUCGUAUAUUUCUCAACGGAAUUCUCGUGAUAGAAAGCAAACAUUAUAAACACAGCAAUCCGUUUUGUUUAAAAUUAUCGAAACCUCAAAAAACGAAUUAUAAUAGUUAUAAAGUCCAAUGUGAAGUGAACCGUUUUUGGUGGCGUAUAGUGUUUAUUUUGUUUUCGAAAAGCAGUUCCUGGAGAAUGGCUUUGAAUGGUGCUCGUUUGCAUGUCCAGGAGAGUGAAGAAAGAACGGCACGUACUAUACCAAUUCGAACGAAUCAGGUCAAAUUUGGUUCGCAUAUAUCGAAUAACAUCCGGCUACGAACGAAACUAUCGGAACGACUGCAUUGCAAAAUAUUUGCGAAGAAUGAGAAGGUUUUCAUCGCGAAUUAUUCAGUUGAGAAUCCAGUUUCUGUCAAUGGUAAAAUAAUUUCAAGGCGAGAUAAUCUGAACAAUGGUGAUACCGUAGAAAUCUUUGGGAUGAAAUAUCGAUGGGAGUUCGAUGAAACGAAACUUUCAUGUUUGCCAGGAAAAGCCAAAAAGCUAGAUCCAGCAGUUAGUUCCAAACAUGCAAAAAAACGACUCACACAUGUUGUUCGGAAGAAGCAAAGUAUCGGGGAGAAAUUUAGUAGUGGCGGUUCAGGCAAAAAGACAGGCGGGAAGAGAGUAUCAACUUUUAUUCUUCCCAAAACCAAUAAACAGUUCUUGAAAAAUUUACGUAAAAGAUUAACGGUGCAUAGUAUUCAUGGCAACUCUUGUACUCCUGAAGAAAUUCACGAUGAAGAGGGAAAUGAUGAAAGUGAAGAAGAUUCUGAGACGGGCAUGAAAACCCCGAUGUGUGAAUCCCCACAGAAAUCUGACGCUGCUAUCGAAUCUGAAAACGAGGAACUGUUCUUUACGCCAGAAAUGAACAAAGAAAAUGCAGAAACAGUCAUGGGCAAACAAUCUGCCAAAGCAGUGAAGUUGAAAUUGCAGAACUCAGCAAUGAUUAUCCUUUCUUAUACACCAACCAUUGACACGCGUUCAACGGCAAACGUACAAAAAACUCCCAUAUCUACACAUAAAAAGUUUACACCAACGGUUCGAACGUCGUAUCUUACUCCCAAAAACGAGAAUGUUAAAGUUGGUGUUACCCCAACACCAACUAUUUCGAAAGCUGGGAACUCAAUGUAUCUUAUUGAUCUCACUACACCGAAUUCCGGUCACAAUAGUUUUGCUUUCAGUCCUGCUUCCAGUAACCGUUCUCUAUCAUGCUCUCAAGGUCCGUCUGUGGGGCUAAUUGAUCUAACAACACCCAGUCCAAAGGCACUUGCUAGUUUAAAUUGCAAUAAGAAAAACCUUUUGAAAUCGACUCCGCGAUGUGCUAGCAAAAUGCAUCCCAUUUCAGCGACUAAAGACUCACCUGUCCGACGAAUCGAUUUGAUAACACCCAGUCCAAGAACACCGGUUGCAAAUUCAAAUAAUGGCAAAAAAGUCCUUUUGAAAUCGGCUUUGAAAAAUGCUAGCCGAACGCCUCGUUCUGUGAAGAAGACGCACGUCGUGAAUGCAGCUGACCUACCUAACAUCACUUCAACAAAAACCGUACCAACAAUAAGAAUUGAAGAGAAGAUAUCGACACCCAUUGCGCCUGUGAUGAGUUCUAGAACUCCUGUGAACAUUUCUAAAAGCAAACUUCGCAAGGAAGUCAAUACACCAACUGGAACAAUGUCAUCUUUGAAUUCUAUCCCAUCAAAACAACCAAGUACGCCGGAAGUUUCCUCCGAUAAAUUUCUAGAUGCAAAAACUGACGAGAACUCGGUCGUAACUCCAGAUGAGAUCUUCGACAGUCUUGUCGGCAAACGAUCCAUCACAAAAACGUAUUCCAGGAAAUCUGAUUCACCUAAAAAGACUCCCUCUCCGCUGGUGAUUGUUGAAGGUUCAGAUGAACUGCCGAAAACUGACAUCGACCUAUGGGUUGAAUCAGCUGUAGCUAACGUUGCAAGCGCGGGAAUGCUAGAUAUCGAAUCGGUAAUGAUGAAACCGAACCGAACGACUCAAAUUCGCUCGUCACAGUAUUCGGAUAUUACGCCGCAUGAUUCUUUUGUGGAUGAAAGCAAAGAAAUUCCGAACAAAGAUGCUGUGCCAGUUACGCGAGACAGUAUUCUAAAUGAGAUUGAUAUGAUGAGCGACAAGCCUAGGAUUCAAACCAACAGUAAUCGAAUGAGUUAUAUGUCAUCAACUGAUAGAUGCAAAUAUGUCGAGAAUAAGCGAAGAACUGUUGGGCACUUGUCCUCGAAUGCCUAUCACAGACUGACAGUCAGUCCCGUGACUAAAUUGAGCAUCAAAAACAGAAAUGUGCUUUCCCACGAAGGUACUAAAUCAGCAGAUGAGCUGGAACCGGGUACCAACGAAACCGAGCAUUUGUGUCUGAGUGGAAGUGAAGAUGAACCAAAUGAACGGCCUGAGAAAUCGGUUGAAAGCAGUCCGAGAAUUAAUGUAUCGUCACUGAAGGAAACAAGGAAGUUUAUCGGAAACGCUCUAACAUCCCUGAACACAUCGAUAUCCCGUGCAGAUACCACAGCGGAUAUUAAUGAUAGUUUACUUUCAACCGACCCUGACCAUGACGACCAUGAUGAACAUGUGGAAUUGCCGAAUGACAAGUAUAACCUCACUGACUUGAGUAUUCAACCAGCCACAGUUGUAGCUACAGAAUUGGAAACGAAUUUCGAUUCACCAACCAGUAGGUAUUCUCGAACGACAUUUAUAUCGUCAACACCCGCAGUGGAGGCCGUUGCUUCAGAGGAGAGCGGCAAUUGUUUUGAAUCACGAACUGAGUCAUCCCUAAAAAAUACAUUUACACCAACGAGGAAGAACAAUGCGCAAUCGGUGUAUGCAGCAGGGUUAAGUCGUUCUAUGAUACCUAUGGGCAGUAUUCCUGCCAUAACUCCAAUAAAGCCAGUUGAUGGUUCAUCUUCAUCUCUCAAAACUCAUUUACUUCGAACGGAAACGUGCACGGCUGACGAAAGUUCGGUCAAUCUAACAUCCGAGAACGAUGAGAUGGUGCAUCAUGAUGCAUCACAUUCGAAAAAUGCCAAAUUACACAAUUCCCAUGACAUGUCAACUACAACAACAGGAAAAGUUGAAUCGUCUUACCGAACGACAUCAAUAAUACCAUCGGGAGACCACACCCGUGAGGAAUGCAUCUCUGGAUCAUCGUUUAUUGAAAAUUCCACGGCUAACGACUCUAAUGAAAAGGAUGAUGCUCUUGCCAGUGAUUCAAGACUCCAUAAUGAUGAUGAUCGACAUCAAACAUCAAAGUAUUUAACAGUUAUUAUGCCUUUACGGGUUUCGGAGGAAGGGACUAAAGAAUUAACCGCAACCGAUGAUGAAAAGCAACUAUCCGAUGAUGCCGACAAACAAUCAUCUUCUGACAAAUUGACUGAUGCUGUAGAUGAUCAACAGUUCGAGAAGACUGAAUCAUCCGAGAAUGAAACGAAGAAGAGUGAUCAAAUCGGCUGCGAUCAAGAUUGUGAUUUACUCGAAAAUACUGCUGAUAUUUCCUUACACAGGGUGGAACCGAAAGAUUCGACAAAUAUUUCAAAUGAAAGUGUAUCUUUCUGUUUGCGCACAUCCAGUAUUUUGGACGAAUCGGUCGGACCAGCAGAUUCUGCACCGGGAACAAUCAAGUCUAGCGUGGCGGAUUCUGAUCAGACGAAUGUAUUAGCUGAACGAAGCCCAUUAAACGAUUCCAGCCUUACGGUACCAGAAGUUUUGCGAGGUACACAGCCGCUGUCGGAAGAACUCGAAUUGGAAGCUCCAUUGUCAUCUGUGACAUCAUCAACAACGCAGCAAGAUAUUUCGGACAUACAAGGGACAGAUGAAGAUGCUAUCAAAGCUUCUCAACACAGCUCUACGGGCGAGAGCGUUAGUAUAAACACGGUUAUUGAGGAAAGUGGAGCAGAGGUCGAACACAUAAUUGAUAAUCAACUGCAUGAGUCAAAAUCAGAUACGACAUUAGAUUCUGAAACCCGUUAUGAAAAAUUAACUCCACAGUCGCCACAAUCACGUUCACAGCCGUGUCUAGAAGAAUCCGUAAUAGAAACUCGACUAUCAUCAGCGACAAUUGAUAAAGCUUAUGAUCACUCAACUGUAGAAACACCUUCAAAAUACUCUGUUGUGCAUAACGGUAGUUUAACACCGCAGUGCGAUGUUUCGGAUAUGCAGGAAAAGCUUGAUAUAACAGCAGAUGCUAUCGAAACUUUUGAACCUUGUUCUAUGGACGAAAAUAAUUAUACGAGGACUACGGAUGAGCGUUGUGAAGAACUGGAUGAAUUAAAGUCAGAUGCAAUGUUUAGACCCUCAAGAAAUUCUGCUGACAAUAGCAAUACUUCAGUAGCGCAGCACGAUAUUUCUGAUGUUCGUGAGGAGCAUAAAAUAACAGCACAUGCUAUCAUAAUCUCUGAAGACGAAAACGACGAUACGAGGGCUACGGAUGAGAGUAAAACAGAAGGCAAACAUAUGGUUGAUAGUCGACUGGAUGAGUCAAAGUCAGAAGCGAAACUAGGUUUGGUAAAAAAAGAUGAGAAUUUGACGUCCCAGUUGCGUACACAACCGUGUCCAGAAGAAUCCACAAAAGAACCGUCAUCAGUGGCAUUGCCAUCAGUGACUAUUGAUGAAUCUUGCGAAAAGCUCUCGAUAGGAAUGUCUUCGAGAAGUUCUCUUGAGAAUAGCAAUAAUUCAACAACGCAGCACAAUAUUUCUGACAUUUGUGGGGACCAUGAAACAACAAUAAAUGUUACCAAAACAUCUGAACACAGUUCUAAAGACAAAAAUGAUGAUGUCAAAACUACUGAUGAAAGUAGUACAGAAGAUAAACACAUGACUGAUAGUCUUCUGAAUGAGUCAAAAUCAGCUACGAAACAAUAUUUGGAAAAUCGGGAUGAAAAUUCCGCGGCACAAUGUGAUGUACAGACCACGGAGGAACACAAGAACCACGAAAAAUCCCUUUCGGAGAAUAUGACUUUUUUGGGCAGUGAACAAAAACCUACCAUAGGCAGCACGGAAGUGGAUACGAUGGAUUCGGGAAGCCCGGAAAAGAAUGCAGAAUCAACCACAGAUGCUCGAUGUGGGGAAAUUUCUGUGGAAAGCUCAGUGGAAGCGGGAGAGCUUACUGAUGAUGUUAAUAUCGCUAAUUCGAAAGGAUCUACAGACAAAGUCAUAUGCGCUGACCCGUUAAUGGGUACUAGCAAUUCCGAGUUACCAUGUUCGGAAUUAGACCGUAAGGUGCCUACAAGAUUACUUACUAGACGAUCAGUGGCUCAUGGGCUGAUCAGAAACAAAACCGUGAGUGCUUCUCAACAAAACAGGAGAAAUACUAUCAGCUCAUUGCUUCGCAACGAAACACGGUCAUCAGAAAUCAAUAAGAAACAGAAACAAUGCAGACUAUUUGGAAGUACACUCAACGAGGAAGCACGCACAGAGGAAGAAAACUGCGCAAGGUCUCAAAACGUUAAUAUUUUAGAUGAAAUAUCAGCUUCAAAUCCUGGAAAAGCAUUGACUGUAGAUGUUCCUGGUGUUGUAGAAGAAGAAGGAACUAAAGCGCCACAGUUACAUACAAAGCAGCCCCUAGCAGAAUCCACAAUAGAACCUCGAUUAUCGUCAGUGACUAUUGACAAAACUUGCGAGCAGUCCUCAAUAGGAAUAUUUUCAAAAAAUUCUGAUGAGAAUAGUAACACAUCAAUAACUCAGCACGAUAUUUCUGACACCUAUGGGGAGCAUGAAACAAUAGCGGAUGCUAUCAAAACCUUCAAACACAGUCCCGAAGGCAAAAGUUAUGACAGGAUGACUACGGAUGAAAGUUGUACAGAAGGCAAAGAUAAUAUUGAAAGUCAUCUGGAUGUGUCAAAACCAGAUACAAAGCUAGAAUUGGGGGGGCAGGUUGCAGAAAUAAUACCUCAGUUACGUAGAGAGUCGCGCCUAGAAGAACCCUCAAUAGAACCUCAAUUGUCAUCAGUAACUUGUGAUGAAUCUUGUGAGCGGUCUUCAGUAGGAAUAUCUUCAACGAAUUCUGCUGAGAAUAGUAAUACUUCAAAAACCCAGAACGAUAUUUCUGACAUUCACGGAGAGCAUGGAACAACAAUAGAUGCUAUCAAAAACCUUGAACAAAGUUCUAAAGACAAAAACAAUGAUAAGAUAACUAUGGAUGAGAGUUGUGCAGAAGGCAAACACAUAAAUGAUAGUCAACUGGACGAGUCAAAGCCAGGUAUGAAAUUAGAUUUGGAAAAGCGAAAUGAAAAAGUAACGCUUCAGUUCUGCGAAGAGCCAUGUCUAGAAAAACCAUCAAGAGAACCUCGAUUUUCAUCAGUUACUAGUAAUAAAUCAUGCGAGCAGUCUUCAGUAGAAACAUCUUUGAGAUGUUCUGUGGGGAAUAGCAAUGCUUCAAAUACUCAUCACGAUAUGUCUGAUAUUUGUGGAGAGCAUGAGACAACUGCAGGUGCUGUUAAAACCUCUGAACACAGUUCUGAAGUAAAAAAUGAUGAUAAGAUGACUACGGAUGAAAAUUGUACAGAAGAGAAACACUUAAUUGAUAAUCAAAUGGAUGAGUCAACGCUAUAUACGGAUUUAGAAGAGCGGAAUGAAAAAGUACCGUCUCUGUUCCGUAGAGAGUCGCGCCUAGGAGAACCCGCAAUAGAACCUCAAUUGUCAUCAAUGACUAUUGAUGAAUCUUCUGAGAAGUCUUCAGUAGGAGCAUCUUCAAGAAAUUCUGUUGAGAAUAACAGUACUUCAACAACUCAGCACGAUAUUUCUGACAUUCACGGGGAGCAUGAAACAACAGUAGAUACCAACAAAACCCUUGAACACAGUUCUGAAGACAAAAGUGAUGAUAAGAUGACGGCUGAUGAAAGUUGUGCAGAAGGCAAUCACUCAAUUGAUAAUCGAAUGGAUGAGUCAACGCCAGAGACGGAGCACGAUUUGGGAGAGCGAGAUGAAAAAGUAACACCUCGAGAAGAACCCGCAAUAGAACCUCGAUUGUCAUCAGGUAAUAUUGAUCAAUCUCUAGCAGAAAUAUCUGUAGCAAAUUCUGCUGAGUUUAGCAAUACUUCAACUACGCAGAACGAUGUAUCUAAGAUUCGCGGAGACCUCAAAAUAACAGCAGAUACUAUCGAAUCCUCUGAAUACAGUUCGGAAAACGAUGAUAUGACGGCUACGGAUGGAAGUAGUACAAAUGAUAAACAAAUGAUUGAUAUUCUACUGGAUAAAUCAGAGUUGAAUUUGGGAAAUGAUGAUGAAAAGUUGAUGCCACGUUGUGUUGAAACGGAAAAUUUCAGCAAUCGCAGUUCCUCGAAUAGCAAUACACCUGAAAAGCUGGAAGAUAAUUUCACGGAAAUGGGCCCAGCAAAAGGCAACAAUGAAUCCUUUAAAGUGAUAAAACCGGACUCUGAGGUUCAACCGUCAGUUCCGAAUAUAUUGGUUGAAGCAACAAUAGAUGACAAAGGCACACCAACAAAUAAUACUAGAGUUGUUUGUACAACUCUGCCGACUUUAUGUUACGAAAAGCAGUUAAGUAAGAAUCAAUCAAAGAUGGAAAUGAACUCACACCUUCCGGAAAGGGAAGAGCUUGUUCCAUCUGAAACAGCAGCUACCCCAGAGCUACAGAAUUUUACCGAAGAAAAACCUGUAGAUGAAGAUCCUGAGCCUAAACACGACAUUGCACUUGAGAGUGAUCGUGAGAUGAUGCUUGAACAUAUUGGUAAUCAUCAUACAACCGAAGUGGACGAUGUUUCAUUCGAGCUGUCUUCGCAAAUGUCACACAAUACCACGACUACGGUUACUGAGAAUUCAAACAGCUGUGCAGAAAAAUGUUUGACUUCUGCUGUGUCCACAGAAGUAGCAGGUCUCGAUCGUGUCAUGGAUGACUCUGAGAUUGUUGAUUUGAAAGCUGGGGAGUCAUCAAAUGCGACUGAAGCCAUAGUUGUGAUGGAAUCAACUCCUGCUGAGACAACUAACGUCGGUCCUUGUAGUACCAAUUUAUAUUCUGACGAUAAUAAAUCAAAUGAAACCAACACCACCGCGGCACAAUGUGAUGUACAGACCACGGAGGAACACAAGAACCACGAAAAAUCCCUUUCGGAGAAUAUGACUUUUUUGGGCAGUGAACAAAAACCUACCAUAGGCAGCACGGAAGUGGAUACGAUGGAUUCGGGAAGCUCGGAAAAGAAUGCAGAAUCAACCACAGAUGCUCGAUGUGGGAAAAUUUCUGUGGAAAGCUCAGUGGAAGCGGGAGAGCUUACUGAUGAUGUUAAUAUCGCUAAUUCGAAAGGAUCUACAGACAAAGUCAUAUGCGCUGACCCGUUAAUGGGUACUAGCAAUUCCGAGUUACCAUGUUCGGAAUUAGACCGUAAGGUGCCUACAAGAUUACUUACUAGACGAUCAGUGGCUCAUGGGCUGAUCAGAAACACAACCGUGAGUGCUUCUCAACAAAACAGGAGAAAUACUAUCAGCUCAUUGCUUCGCAACGAAACACGGUCAUCAGAAAUCAAUAAGAAACAAAAACAAUGCAGACUAUUUAGAAGUACACUCAACGAGGAAGCACGCACAGAGGAAGAAAACUGCGCAAGGUCUCAAAACGUUGAUAUUUUAGAUGAAAUAUCAGCUUCAAAUCCUGGAAAAGCAUUGACUGUAGAUGUUCCUGGUGUUGUAGAAGAAGAAGGAACUAAAUCUGUUGACAACCGAGUCGAAAAUCAAGAUGCAGAACAACCGAUGAAUCUAGAUGGAAACUACGACAAACAGAUAUCAAUGUGUGAGGAGAGGGACAUUAGCAACGUCCUCGAAUCGAAUAAACCAUCGAGCAGCGGAUUGACAUUGAAAAAAACUUUUAACGAAGAAGUGAUUGAAUCGAUCAUUGAGACAACACAUAGUGAAACAGCUUCUUUGUCAAUAGCGUGUGACCAAUCAAUACCCUCUGAAACGAUUUCAGAUGAAUCACCAACAGAAACCACUACUAGAAAAUUACAUAUUCUCCCAGAAAAUAUUGAAUCUAGUUCAAAGUCGGAAGAACUUGUUACCACGACCAACGAGACGGAAUAUGCUGAAGUGAAGGAUAUUGAUGUACACGCGAAAGCAGGUGUUUCAGAAGAAAUAAAUGAUUCCAAGAAUGGUCAUAAUGAUAUGAUACCAAAAUUAACUCGUGACGAACUGAGCGAAAAUAGAACCGCUGUUGAAUUAGCAUGCGAUGUUGCCACUUUGACCGAGCAGGACACAAUCCCUGUUUCUCCUCGAGACAUGAAGCCUAUCGGAUCAGUAACUGAUCACUCUGUUAGUCAGAUGGCUGAUUCAGUGGAUAGUGAUACCAAAACACCCAAACAAUCGAUGAAGAACGAUGUUACCAACAUUGACCAAUUAAGAGAGACUGUGGAGAAUGAAGCGAGCUAUGCGCCAUUGAUAACAAAACCAAAUGACUCGUUACUUAACUCUGCUGACACUAAUUCAGAGAAGGACUGUAAAGCCACCACGAAAGAGGAACAUAAACCAGCGGAUACUGAUAAAAGCACAACUGAACAAAAAGAGCCUCCAGAGAGCUUCUAUAUUUCGGAAAGUGCGAAAGCCAUCACAGCCGAACCAAUUGAAAAUGCACAAACUGACAGUUCUCCGUCGUCUGAAACACCUCUCGAAUCUCGUCAAAUGAAUGAUGUCUCGAUGUCGACUUUGAGUGAGUUCGAUAUACCGGAGAGCAUCGAACAACCUCUUCAAAAUACUCUGGAAGUGAAUGAAAUGCCUAUUAUGGAUAAAUCAUCGCAAAAUGCAGAUGAGUCUACCACAGAGGGCAAAUUUGUGACAUCCGUCGAUCACACGAAUGGCAAAGAAGAUAACGAUCCGAUAAGUAUAAAUGAAGAGAGCGCAUCUGAAUCUACUGAUGUGAAGCUUGCAUUGGGUACUUCUCUCGAAACGAAUUACCUUCCUAACUCAGACUUGAACACAUCUACUAAAAAUGAAAAUGAUCCUGGAAAUGAGGUUUCACCGUCUGAGAACAUGUCCACUUCAUUGUCAACAGAACAAGUUUCUAUGUCAAUAUUGUGUGAGCAUGAGAUACCGAAGAACGCUCAAAACAUCCGGGAAGAAAGUGAAAAGCCAGUUUCGAGAAAAUCAUUGCAAGAUGCAAAUGAAUCAACAAAUGUGGAUUAUUCUUCCCAAACGAAUAAUACGUUGAAAAAUAUCCAACAAUCUGUUCAACCCGACCAGGAAGUAAGCGACGAGCAAACCAUGAAUGAGUCUACUAUAGGAGAUGCAUCUGUACCAUUUUUCGACCACACACAUCAGGAGGAAGAUUGCAAUGAGCUGCACCCAAAUGAGGAUAUCACAUCUGCUACCAUUGGAAAACAUAAAAAAAAUGACAGUGGUAAUACACCUGAAAAAAUGAAAUCUUUGGAUAGCUCCAAUAUCUUGGAAAGUGCGAGAAAUGACAGAACUGAAAAUGACAACUUUCCGUCACUAGAAGAUACUUCCGCUUCAUUGUCAGCUGGUCAUGUUUCCAUGCCAGCAAUGAGUGAGCCUGUCAUAUCAAACAACACUCAUGAUACCCUGGGAGUUAGGAACAAGUCUGUUCCGAAUAAGUCACUACAAAAUGAGAAUGAGUCUUCAUGUAUAAACAAUUCAUUAGCUGUAGAGGUUGCAUUUAAAGCGUCCACUUAUGACAUGCAUAGCGUGCAAGAUAGUAAAGAGAAAAACACGACUGAUAACAUUGAUGUGAGUCUCGAGAAUACCGAUGAAAGCUCCUCCCAAAUAAUGAAGCCACAUGAAGUUCCACUUUCCUCCGAAACUUCGGAGACACCCAAUCAUACUCAAUUAGAUAAAAUCGAUCCGCCAUCGGGAAGCAUAUCCGCGGCGGAGGACGUUAAUGAGUCUCCGACUCUGAUAAAAAUAGAACAAUCAUUAAAAAGCCCAAAAAAAAUCGGCAAAAAGACAGAAACAGCACAUAAUAUAGAUCAAACUUCUGAAAUAACGACCCCAGUAAAAGAGUGCGAGAAAUCUGACGAAUCUUGUACACCUUCUUAUGUUCGCAAAAGCCCGGAGCGUCCGAUACAAACGAAUUCGAACUGCACAUCCGUUCAAAAAGAAAUAGAUUUACUGAACCACAUUGCGGAGAGAGUAACUUCUUUGGAACACGAGAUAGAUGCGUUUAAUGAAACAGUUGAUAUAACCAAUAGUUCGCAACCAAUUUUUGAAACAUCAGCCUCAUCAUCCACGGACCAUGAAGACAAUAAUACAAAAUAUGACAUGGCUACCACGGAAUCGACCGUCGAGUUCAAAACUCCCACUAUGGUGCCUUCCAAGCGCAGACUUUACACAAAAACUGAUCCUGAGGACAUAACUCCUGAAUCUCGCAAGUCAAUUCCAAUGCGUCCUAUUAGCAAUGACGAGUAUAUUCACAUAAUCGAGAACCCCACAAAAUCAGCAGGCAGUGAAGAUAAGAAGAAUCGCUCCGAUAGCUCAAAAGAUGACAGUAUUGAAACCGUACAAGAGAGAAAGGUUAAUCCCACUCGGGCAUCGAGAAGGAAGAUCGUAACGUUGUCAGAGGAAGUUCUGGCAGGCCCUUCGCCAGAACUGAAAUUUGUGAAACCAAAGCCCAAGCAUGUAUCGGAAAUCAAGUCUGAUGUUGUUUUGAAGAUACAAUCGGCUGAAAAUUCCACCAAAACGGAUGUACCCUUGGAUCAAGAUUUACAAAGUGUGAUUGGACGAAGAAAAGUAAUGUUCAAUGAGCAUAUUCAGAUCAAAGAAAUAAACUCACCAUCAAUAGUUGGUGAUAUCAUUCAGAAUGUAGCACGAGGACGCGGUCGUAAAGCGAAACAAACAAAGCCUCUGGCAAGGAUUCACAAAAAGGACGUCGAAGACGGGUCAUUGGAAGAAGAUAUGAAUAGUGAAGAAAACGCAGUUUCCACCACAACGAACGAACCGACAUCGAAACAAUCCUCUGAUGGAAAUCAGAAUUCGGCCACAAAUUCGGACUCCGGUGAGCAGGACAGUUCACACACGUCUGGUGAUGCUAAUGAAACUAGCGAACCACCCGCAAAGAGAGCCCGGCAAGGGACACGACGACAAAAGACUGAAAAAGUUGAAACGGUAGUUAGGCAAACACGUACAAGAUCCACAAAAGCAAAACUACCGAGCGAAGAUAAUGCGUCCAAUGGUACACCUACUACAGAACACGGCAAAACAGACGAUCUACAAGAGGACGUACCAAACAACGACUCCUCGUCGAAGAAAGAAGACGACAUCAAAAAUUCCACAGUGUUGGAUGAGGAUGAACCGCUCCUGAAACGCCCACGACGUGGAGCCUCUAAGGUCGAUCCAAAGCACAAUCCAUGUGCCAAGCCAAAAGAGAACUCGCUUGAUAUAGAAGACAUAAAACGCUCUGACUCAGAAAAUUCCAAACUUACGGAGCUUCCGACUGAUGAUUCAGACCAAUCACAAAAUAUGAAGGCAAAAUCAGUUCAGAAAAAUAAAUCCACACGUCGAGGUCGAGCAUUGCCCUCGAAAAUACAACCCACGAAAUCUGAUAAACCUCAUGAUGUUGCAGAUGAGGCUCACAAACACACUCAUGAGACAAUUUGUAACCAAGAUGAAGAUACAAUAGAAACAGCAUCUUUCACCACCACAAUCGUUAGAAAAUGUGAAACUAAUAAAAUCGAAGAUUCAUUAAACGAGUCGCAUAUGGUCAGGCUGAUGCUGCCUUCUUCGCACACAUCAACACCACUACCCAAAUCCCCAGAACCUGUGUUGCUCGCAGCAGCAGGAAAAGGUCGGACGCGUAAACCGCGUAAAAUUGUGAACCCCACAAUUGUCGCUCUAGUAGAAGAAGCAACGGUCAGAAGAUCCCCCCGAGGCAAUCGAACACCCGAAAUUGUUGAACGGAAUGAGAGUGCGAAUGUUGGAAAAUCGGAAACUCCAAAGACAAGACGUCAAGUAGAUAAAAAAGAUGAGAGCCUCCAAGUGGAAAAUCCGCCAAAUGAACUUCCUAAUGUAGUUGAAGAUUCAAGCGAAAAAGAAACUAAGGUCAAAGCCACGAGGACCCGUAAAAAUCAAUCCAAACAAACAGCUGAAAAACCAGCUCCCAAACGUGGGAGAGGUAAAGUCAAAACAGAAGAAGCAAGUCUUCCAUCGUCAGAAACAAUUACUGCGUCGAUGGAUGAAAUAACGGAUACUGACGUUUCCAACACAAAAGAGACAAAACCUAAACUGACAAGAACUCGAACAGUCCAAACGAAACCAGCGGAUGAUGUAGAGGUGCCAAAACGUACAAGGGGGAAAGUCAAUACGUCUACAGAGAAAACAAAACAUCCAUCGUCAGAAGUAAUAACUGAAUCGAUCAAAGAAAUGAGUGAAAGUGAUGUUUCCAGUACAACAAAAGUGAAAUCUACGCGAACUCGAAGAAAACAAACAAAACCAACAGAUGAAAUACAAGCGCCCAAACGCAGAAGGGGAGAAGCCAUUGCGAGUGCAGAAGAAUCGAAACCUCCGCCGUCGGAAACAGCUACCGAAUCGAUCCAAGAAAUAGAUGAAACUGAUGUUUCCAGUACAAAAGAAAAGAAAGGUAAAUCUACACGAACUCGUAAGAACCAAUUAAAACCAACAGCUGAAAUACAUGCACCUAAGCGCCGAAAGGGCAAAACUAAUGUGAGUACAGAGGAGACAAAUCUUGCCUCCACUGAAACAACUACCGAAACAAAUAAAGUAAAGAUAUCUUCACUAACUAACGACAAGUUGGAAAAACCACAAGAUUCCGAUAUCGACAAAGAAAGUAGCCAUUCCGAUAAUCUACCUGCACGCGCCCAUCGUGGGUUAAAGAAUAAAGAAAUUCCGGAGAAAACAACAACCGCUGCUAAGAGAAGUCGUAAAGUCAAGAACACCACCGACACUGAGGAAGAAUCUGAAGAGCAGCAACCAGUCAAGAAGAAAAGAGCCACAAGGAAGACGCCAGCAACUAAGAAAGAACUUGCAUACACUGAGGAAUCACAACCAGUGAACGGGGAGGAGUCUAAAACAGAGGACACGAUAGAAACGAAGCAAAGACGACCAACGCGAUCGAGGAAAUAAGCUAAUCGCCAUGACAAAAACACAAUCAAAUGAGGGACCACUUUUUUCGUAUAUAUUAAUUUCCUGUUAGUUUCACGAGAUGAAUAAAUAUUAUUAUUUCAUUUGCUUAUCCAUAUAA